GUCGAGUAAGAAAAAGGAGCGAACAUUUUGCAAGUUUAUAUUUAUAACCUAAAACAUGGAUUUUCUGAAGGAGAAGUUGCCGGAGAAAAUUGCACACAAAUUGAGCGAAGUGGAGUCUAUUAAAGAAAUUUUAAUAUCGGAAGCGAUUUCGUUACACAAGAAGUAUACGAUUAGUAUACAAGAAUCUGAGCAUCUGCAGAAAAUAGCAGCCGAAGUUGUAAUUGGUGACAGGAUUAAAGAUGCUUUAGGUAUUGAAGACUGCUUGAGGCUCAGAACGGGAUGUGCUCAAAUUGAUGAUCUGACUCGAGGGGGAUUCCGCUUCAAAAUGAUAAACGAGGUUUACGGAGAGGCCGGCGUUGGUAAGACGCAGCUCUGCCUGCAAUUGGCUGUCGCUGUGCAAAUGCCUCCAAUCAGUGGCGCCGCUUUCUAUGUGUGCACCGAUAAAUCGUUUCCAGCCAAUCGACUUUUAGAACUAUCACUCAGCGUCCCGUCCGCAUUUGGUCUCAGCGGCGACGAGAGCCUCAUGGACAAAGUGUUCGUGGAACAUUCGAUGGACUUCAUCGCCCUUCGGAGACUGCUGUUCGUGAAGUUGCCGAAGCUUCUGGAAAACGUGCGCAUUAGUCUCGUCGUUAUCGAUUCGAUAGCUGCGAUUUUCCGCAGCGAAGAUAUCAAAUACUUGGAAAGAUCCAAAGAAAUCGAUGACAUUUGCAGACAAUUGAACCAUUUGGCCCGGACUCACAACUUGGUGGUGGUGUGCGUGAAUCAGGUAACGGAUGACCCUAAUAGCGAUACGUCAGGGCCAAGUCUAGGCAAUGCAUGGGCCAAUUACGUCGUGUGUCGUUUCCUAAUCGAACGGGACUGGACCAAUGGGAUUCGUCGAUUCCGCGUGGUGAACGCCCCCUAUCUGAAACCGGACGCUUGCCGGUUCAUAAUCACCCAAUCCGGACUGCACUAAUAAAUAAAACCAAUCUAUACACUCUUUAUUUUAUUAUUUUUUUUAACAAAAAUUGAGAAACUGGAGUAAUUAAUAAAACCUAUAAAAAAGGGAUGCGGGAUGUACGUAAAUCGUAGAAAAUAAAACAAACGAAAGAGAAGUAGCGCAGAGUAGUUUAAAAAUUGACAUUUUAACAUAA